AUGUCGCAAAACAGCAACCCCAGUGGGGAGCGGUGUGGGAAGACUUGUGUGGAAGAGCGUGAUAACCAGUGGCUGGAGAAUGGAUCUAUUGUCGCUUGUGGACAUAGAUGGAAAAAUAUCUUUUACAUUAAAAACGAACACAAGCUCCCAUAUGGUAUUUGUUUUGCCAUCUCCUCUGAUUUUCGAACUGAACUGAGCAGAAGAAUAUGCCCGUGCUAUAAAGACCAUGUGCGGAAGUUUGGAGAAGACCAUGGGUCAUGCCAGGCUGGAAUGUCUAGUUUUUACAUUGAGGACUUAAUUAUAAUGGGAGCCCCCGGAUCAUUUUAUUGGACUGGUUCUGUUUUUGUAUACAAUACAACUGCAAAUACAAUCCAUGCUUAUACAGAUUCAAAUAACCAAGUGAAAUUUGGCAGUUAUCUAGGGUACUCUGUUGGAGCUGGACAUUUUCUGACAGCAGCCAGUACAGAAGUAAUUGGAGGAGCUCCCCAACAGGAGCAGACUGGUAAAGCAUACAUUUUUAGCAUGGAAAAGCAACUAAAUAUUCUGUUUGAACUAAGGGGUAAAAAGCUUGGUUCUUACUUUGGAGCCGCAGUUUGUGCGGUGGACCUGAAUUCAGAUGGACUCUCAGACUUGCUAGUUGGUGCUCCAAUGCACAGUACCACUAGAGAAGAAGGAAGAGUUUAUGUCUAUAUCAAUUCAGGUUCUGAGGCAAAGAUGGUAGAACUGAACAUAGAGCUCAGCGGGAGUGACUCAUAUGCAGCCAGGUUUGGAGAGUCCAUAGCCAAUCUAGGAGACAUAGAUAAUGAUGGUUUUGAAGACGUAGCAAUUGGGGCUCCACAAGAAGAUAAUCUAAAAGGUGUUAUAUAUAUAUACAAUGGCAGAGAAGAUGGAAUAACUCCGUCAUUUUCACAGAGAAUACAGGGACAUCAAGUCAGUAAUUCUUUAAGCAUGUUUGGACAAUCCAUAGCAAGUGGCAUUGAUGCAGAUAACAAUGGUUAUCAAGAUGUAGCAGUUGGUGCAUUUCUCUCUGAUUCUGCUGUGGUGCUGAGAACAAAACCCGUGAUAAUUGUUGAAGCUUCUUUGAAGCAUCCUAAUUCAAUAAAUCGAACUAAUUUAAACUGCAUGGAAAAUGACCAGCCUGCCACCUGUAUGAAUUUGAAGCUAUGUUUUACCUAUACAGGACGAGAGGUACCUGGUUAUAUUGUACUGCUUUAUAAUCUGACUGUUGAUGUGAACAGAAAAGUAGAUACACAAGCAAGAUUUUAUUUCUUCUCCAAUGGAACAUCUGAUACAAUCUCAGGAAAUGUAAAGAUUUACAGCAAAAAUACUACCUGCAAAGAUCAUCCAGCAUUCAUGAGGAAAGAUGUAAGGGAUAUCUUGACUCCUGUACAUGUUGAAGCAAGUUAUCAUCUGGGAAACCAUAUUCUACAGAAAAGAAAUGCUCAAGAAUUUUCACCACUUCAACCUGUUCUUCAACAGAGGAAAGAAAAAGAUAUUAUAAAAAGCAAGUUUGUUUUUGCAAGGUUUUGCUCCAAAGAAAAUUGUUCUGCUGACUUGAGAGUUUCUGGAAAAGUUGCUUUUCCAAAGCCUUAUGAUAAGAAAACGUACCUUGCUGUUGGAAGUAUGAAGACUUUAUUGUUGAACAUUUCUCUGCUUAAUGCUGGAGAUGAUGCAUAUGAAACUGUCCUCCACAUUCAAGUGCCUAAAGGUCUUUAUUUCAUCCGAAUUUUAGAAUUGGAAGAAAACCAGAUACAUUGUGAAAUAUUAGAUAAAGACAUUCAUGCAACAAAACUUGAGUGCAGUGUUGGUUAUUUAUAUGUAGAUCAAAAAUCAAAGCUGGAUUUUAGUUUCCUCUUGGAUGCAAGCUCAUUUACCAGAGCAGAAGAUGACCUCAACAUCACCAUUAAUGCUACCUGUAAAAAUGAAGAUGGGAACAUGUUGCUGGAUAACGUGCUAACUUUAGCUGUACCUCUAAGAUAUGAGAUCGAGUUAAAUACUCAUGGGUUUGUGUCACCAGCUUCAUUUGUUUAUGGAACAAAUGAGAAGGAUUCACCAGUUACGUGCAUGAAGGAGAGUAUCAACUUUACUUUCCAC